GCUAAGUGGAGCAGGGCUGGGAGCCAGCAGCAGGGUGGAACAACACUGCUUACUUCUCAGUGCCAGACGCUCCUGGCCGUAUUUGUUCCUUAUUUUGAAAUAACUCUAGAUUUGGCGUGAGUUUCAGAGACACGUGCAGGGGUGCAGCGCGGCCCCCGCCCUGUGGUCACAUCUUGCGUGGUGCAGGGCCAAGUCAGGUCCAGAAACCAGCCCUGGUUCAGAUGGUGACUUUUAUUUUCUUUAUUAUAUUGUCAGUGUUCUCAGUAUUUCCAGAGGGAGCAUGUACUAGCAAGUCUUCCCGCCCCAGCUCCCGUUCUUUAAUUAUAUAAACCAAACCCGGAGGACCGUGUGGAGAGCUCCAGGCGCGGCUGCAGGUGAGCAGGUGGCGGGCGCGCUCCAGACGCUCCCCCCGCAGCAAACGCCGUGCAGGACCGUCCACCCCGGAGAUGCACCUCUUUCUUCCCGCUUCCUGACCAGCGAGACUGCACGUCCGGACUUCCAGAACCUCAGGAGACCGCUUCCCCGGCGCCCAGAGCAGCGGGACCAGAGGGCACAGACCGCGCAGGUGCCCCCGGGACCAGCCGGGAGGGCCAUUGGAGCCCGGCCCGACCCCGGGUCCUGAGCGUCCGCAGCAAACCUGGGGGCUGCAGGUUUCUCUCCAGAGGGAGCAGCAGGCUGGACACUUGGCACCCACCUCGCUGUCCAUGUGAUGGUGGGGCCGGAGCAGGGGCAGAGGGGCCGUCUCUGAGGAAACCCUGCAGAAGGACCCUGGAGCAGACGCCCUUGGGUUUGCUGAAGUGGCCAGAAGUCACAAUGUUUCUGCAUCCCGGGCACAGGGUCAGGGUCCAGGGCCCAGACAUCCAGAGACCAAUGUGUUGGGAGGUCCCAGCCCCCACGGCCUCCUCCUGCGGGAGGCACACCCUACGGCCCCUGAGCUACCCCCCACCUCGGUCCCUCCGUCCCUGUCUCCAUCACCCACAGGCCACUCUGGCCUCGGGAUCUGGGACCGGGCACCAAAUGGGGCACAGUGCAUGCUGGUGGCUGCCUGGUCCCGGUCACUCACCAUGCAGGGAUUUCCUGUGGGAAACUGGGUGGCUUUGGGCCUCUGCUAGGAGAAGUUUCCGGGACGUGUGCAGACCCUGGCAGCAGAUGGCUGGUGUUGCCAGAACAGCGACGGGUCACCUCGAGGACCAGGUGACAGCCCCUCCCCACCCCCGCUUGACGUGAGGCCCAGUCUCGCCUGGGUUAGACCCCUCCACCUCCUCCGAGUUCUUUGCAGCCCCUGCUGUGGCGUGGCCCACCCUGCCGGCAGCCCUGGGGAUGUUUUGCAGCCAGGCUGGGGCAGGUUAGCCCCUCCUGGCCGUCCCCCCAGCCUGCUGUCAGCAGCGACCGUCAACAGCCUGGUUCCUCACUUGAUUCUCAACUUGGUUUCAAAAGGCCGCGGCCCUGUGAGCAGCCAUGUGCUGACGCCAGACGGGAGCAGCCAGGAACAGCCUGUCGGGGACGAGAGAGGGUUCAGGGUCUGAGCCCUCUGGUCUGCUCCAGGAGGGCCGCGGCCCCCACACCACAUCCAGCCUUCCUGUUUGCUCCACGUUGGCCCCUGGGGCCCUUUGAUCCUGCUCUGCCCACCUGGGAUCCCUGCGUGCAGCCCUCGUCCCGAGUUUCCUAAGUGUUGGGGUGGGGGUGCUGGGACCCCCGGGCUUGAGCUGGGUGGUGGAGACCGUGUGGCCACAACAGGUCUGAGGGAAGCCCGUUGGGGGAAGCUCCCUCAGGGCCAACGGCUUUGAUCUGGACGUGGUGCAAGUGCGGUUUGGAAAGCUGCCCCCCACCCCCCACGGGCAGUGCGGGCACCCGGCACAUAACCUGUCACCCAGUGGGGGGACGAGACAGCCAGACCCGGGGAGGCCAGCUGGUUCUGACGCGGAGUGGGGGCCCCAGGGAGGGCGACAGCGUGGUGGGUCUGGUGGCCCUAGCAGCAAGACCAUGCCGACGCAGCAGGUGCAGGUAGCUGACCUGUGAGCCCGCCCCAGGGUCUGGGUCACAGUGGCCUGGGGGCACUGAUUCCAAUGGGAGAACUGAGCCCACGCGGUGUGACAUCACCCUUCAGCCUCGUCCUCCCCGGACACCAAGGCUGAGGAAGGGGGCACUAAGCGCAUAGUUCAGAGCACCUGGAAACUUCUGCCUUCAGAGGCCACUGGCAUCUGGCCCAGCUCAGAGCUGACCCAGAGCAUCACCUCCCCCUUCUCCCCGGAGGCAGGCUGGCUGGGCGCAUUCCAGGAGCGGCUUCCGUGGGCCCCGCCACAGAACUGGUCAGGGCUGCCGUGUGCUCCAUGGGGCCCGACGGCAGAGCCAGCUGCCAGUGCUGCGGCCCCAAGCGAAGCCUCCGGGUGGCUGGCCGCGGUCCCACACAGGGCCACCGCAGGCCCCUCUCUCUGUGCGGCCACACGGUGGGCCAGGACACCAGCUGUGCCCUCUCCUGGGGAGGCCGGGACCACACGGAUGGGCAGAUCCUGGGCCAGCUGCGCCCGCUCGAAGAGCAGGAGGAGGAGGAAGGCCAGGGCUCGCUGUCCCCAGGGCCGGCCUUCCCCGGGAUGGGCUCUGAGGACCUGAGGCUGGCCUUCCACACCUGGCCGCUGACCGCCGUGGUGCGGCCGGAGCCGCUGGCGGCCGCGGGCUUCUUCCACACGGGGGGGCGUCUGUUUGGAACUAAGCCGUCACGUGACGCUCUGGGAGCAGCGCCUGACACCGCCCACAGUGGCUUUGGCCAUGACGUUUACUGUGUUUUCUGUGUGGUGGCACCUCUGGACAAACAAAGCCCUCCCAGAGGGGUAGACAAAGCAGCCGCGAUGGCAACAGAGGCCCUGUGUUAAGGCGGCCCUGGUGACGGGCCAUGGUGGCUGCCCCCCGGCCCCACCCUCGGUGCAGUGCCCCUCACCCUGCCUUGCAGACGCCGACGACGGGCCGGGGCGGCCCGCAUGGAGCCAGUGCCCCCGCGGUGCAGGUUGUGCUCCACAUGGGCUUCGGGCAGAGCCAGGUCCAGUGGCUGGUGCAGCGCAAGUACCGCUGGGCAGUGCCGGCCGGUGUCUCUGCGUCCCAGCUGGUGGCCGACCUGCUCCAGGAGGAUGACGGGGGCCAGAGCUCCUGUCCGCAUGGGUCCUGAGCCGCCCACACCCAGAAGAGAGGCCCAGCUGGAAGGUGCCACGGAGCCAGGAGCCCGGGACGCGGAAGAGCAGCUGCAGCGCCUGCAAGAGGAGCGGACCUACAAGGUCUGCGUGGACCACAGCGUGGGCGCGGUCCUCGUGCCCUGCGGCCACCUGGUCUGUGCCGACUGUGCGCCUGCGCUGAGGCUCUGCCCCCUCUGCAGGGCCCCCAUCCGCAGCUGCGUGCAUGCCUUCCUGCCCUGAGCCGGGUGCUUCAGAUGCGGGCUGCCCCUCGGCCCCGAGGGGGCCCUGCUGAGGAUGGCUGAGCUGGCGUGCACAGCUGGCCAGCCCGAGUGCCCAGCCACAGCCCAGACCUGAGACCCAGGGCGGAAGGGAGCUGCAGACGGCUGGGCAGAGAGAGGGGGCGUAAAGGUGGUUUUACCGAUGCUUAGAUGCUUUUGGAGACUUACAGUAAAGUGCUGGGUCUUCCCUGGA